AUGGCAACGCAUUUCAGCUCGGGGCAGUAUGAAGAUGCGUAUAAUUCCCGGAAUUUGCAAAGCUGGAGUUUUCCCAAAGUUACUAAGGCGCAUCCUUCUGCCCGGGAAGGUUUUACCCAGUUUGUAGCCAAUGACAGAGGUCACUUGCUACCUUCGAUCCCCCGCUCUAAGGCUUCCCCUUGGGGUACUUAUAUGAGCACCUGGGAUAUGCCACUGAAAAUCCCGCCAGCCAAAGUUACUCUCACCUCCCGUUCUGUUGACGCAGCUGCCCAGCUCACCCAAUGGAUGAAUAAAUCAGCAGCCUUGAGCCAAGCGUGCAACGGACUGUGCCCAGAGAUCAUUGGCAAGCCCUCCGUGCCCGUGAAAAAGGAAAGAGUUCUGAAACCCAGCCCGCCCACCAGCAAGAAAUCCGAGCGUCCCGUCUCAACCGGGAAGAUGCCAUCUCGAGAAGAGGUCCGGUCCAGAGGAGCCACCACCCCCAACGGCCCCCUCUCCCGCCAACCCGGCAGCAUAGACCUCCGGCUGAAAGACAGCGGCGGGCCAGAUGCCCAGGAGCUCGCGGAGCUGGGGGCCAAGCCCCCGAAGGAGAAAUGCAGCGAUGAAAUCCCGCUCUCCCGACAACCGGGCUGCAUGGAUGUGCGUCUGAAGGACCCAAGCCCCCAGCUGCCCACGGCCAGCCGCCCCUGCUCGAGGGAGCCCACCCCCAGGAGGACGAUCUCCGCCGAGGCCCCUCCGUCCAGUCGGCCCAGGUCCCGGGAAGGAAGGUCCAAGGGAGUCGGCACCCCCGAGCUGUUGUCUCCCUGCCGUCCCGGAUCUUUGGAGGUGAACGCCCGGAGUGCCCGUUCGCCCGAAGGUUUGACCCCCGGCCGGCCACGCACGAAAAGCCGACAAGGGUUGGAGGUUCAGAAGUCGGCAACGGAAAGGAACGUGGCCCGACCCCUUUCCUCCACUUAAACCUUCGUGGAAGGCCACAUUUAAAAAAAAAAAAAAAA